ACUGUAUUCCCAAGAUGCAUUGCGAAGAAGGACCAUGGCUGACAAGUCCUUAGCACUGUCUUUUUUCAACUAGCGUUAACCGGUUGUUUCUCCAAGGUUUAAUACACGUAAUCGCUACCUAUCCUUACAUAAAGAAACGUCUUCAAAUGAUCAUCCUGUGAAAGCUUCCUCUGAAGUUAAGUCGUCGUCGUGACGUCCAGUUGAAUUUGUGUCAGCAAUACAUUUCUGAAGAGAAUUUGGAGAUCUGCGAUGGCGUCAAUUGUGGCCAAGCGCGAAGGACCGCAGUUCAUCAGUGAAAUCGCCGUGAGGGGCAACGCUGCCGUACUGGACUAUUGUAGGACGUCUGUAUCUGCUCUGUCCGGAGCGACAGCGGGAAUCCUCGGACUGACGGGACUAUACGGGUUCAUCUUCUACUUCCUAGCCUCGUUUCUCCUCUCCUUGCUGCUCAUCCUGAAGGCAGGGCGUCGGUGGAACAAGUGCUUCAAAGCCAGACGGUUGCUCUUCACGGGCGGCCUUGUCGGGGGUCUUUUUACUUAUGUCCUAUUUUGGACUUUUCUCUACGGAAUGGUGCAUGUGUACUGAAGUGAGCUGUCCGAGAUAAACGAAAUUAGCUCCCAUUAACAAGUGAGUCUGUCCUGCUGUUUUUAAAUAGACAAAUGAUGACAGACCUAGACCCCCCCCCCCCCUCUUAUGAACUUUUCGUACAAUGGGACCUAGGUAUCAGUUAGUGAACACAAUAACUGUACUGUCAUUCCCCCUCUGAUCAACUAGGCAGUGAGAGAAUGACUUAACUAAAUUAACCUUUGUCUGUUUGUAAAACUAUCCCUUGUGGUUAACGGCCCGAGUAGUUGUUAUCCUGUUUGGUUUAAUGCUUAGAUUAUGUCAAUUAAGAUUAUUUGAAUUUCUAAAUGUGUUAAUUAUGUGUUGGCAGGGCUAGUGUUUGCCUACAAUCUGACUGAUUUGUACAAAAAAUAAAUGCCUAAAGUGAUAA